AUGGUAACAUUAUGACAACUUAGUAAAUUAAUUUGGCUAAACUGACAAUAUUUAUCCAAAAUAAAAAUUUAUCAACAAAGAUGUCAUACAGAGAUCUAAGAAAUUUCAGCGAAGCUAUGCGUGUCCUGGGGUUCCCGCGCGCCAUAUCGCUGGAAAGCUUCAGAACGCCUAACUGGGAACUGGUGGAGGAAUGCCUGCGCUGGCUGGCAGCGCGGCUGGAGCCCGACGCCGUGCUGUCUGGCGGCCGCGACUCCGUCGAGCAGCGCGUCGCCAUGGUCACGCAUGCGCUCGCGCUUUUCCACUCCCGUGCUAAUCUGAAGCUGAACGGCAAGAAGCUAUACGGCGCGGAUGGCUGGGCGGUGCGCGAGUUGCUGAAGGUUGCCACCCUGCUGAGGACGGCAUUGGAGACGCCCGCGUCGGAUGACACGCAAGCAGAUGUGGCGCUCACUUACGAUGUUAGCAGUCGGUUGGGGGAAAUAAAGCAAGCUCGAGCAUUGUCCACGGAAAUCACGGCGCAAGGCGCGUUCCUCUAUGACUUACUCGCCAAGGAACCUGAAAAUAAGGAGCAGCGCGAGUUGGCCCUCUCCCGUCCGCUGGACAUGUCGGCCAUGGAGGCGAGCCUGCGGCGUGCGUUAGACGCGGUCACGGCGAAGGUGGUGGCGGGUCGGGAGCAGAUCGACAACGUGGCCGCCAGCGAGGCCGCGCUCGACGCCAAGCUCGAGCGGCGCCGCGCCGAGCUGCAGCGCGCUGAGAAACGACUGCACACUGUGCAGAAGAUCAAGCCUGCGUACCAAGGCGAGCUCACCGCCCUGGAGGGUGAGAUCGAGCAGCUGUGGGACCAGUACGUGCUGCGCUACCGCUGCGUUGAGGCGCUCAAGCAUCAGCUCAGCAUGCUGGAGAGUGCACAAGCUGAAGCGGCGGAGGAGCAACAAGCCGCGAUAAUGCAGCUCAUACACAAGUACGAGACGGAGGAUGUGCUGGGGAAGAUCAGCGACUCAGAUGAGAGCGACACGAGCGAAGAGGAAAAGGACCUGAGCGAGGUGAAGCCGCCGCGACCUGCCACCAGGCCCAAGACCAGGCUCCGGAUCAAAACCGCUGGCGGCGCCGCGGCGGAGUCUCGGCGCGCGUUCGGCAGCAUGGCGGCGCGCGACUCGCUCGACGACAUCCGCGACGACGACUCGCGCUCCGACACCGACCUCUCCGACGCGCAGAUAUACGCGGGUGGUGACGCGGCGUCGCGCUGGUCCCGAGCGAGGCCGCGCCCCGCCACCAGGACCAUAGCGCCCGCCGACGACGACGACUUCGCAGACCUUAUCGAAGGAGUACAAGGAGGGGAGGACGGGGACUCUCUGGGCAGUUCGUCGGAGAGUGAGCUGCGACUUACCAGCGCUAGGCCUAGCGCUCCCACUGGAAGGGCCUCCGCGCUUAGUGAUAACGAAUUUUGAAUCCUACCAUUAUUGCACUAGAGUUUGUUUACAGUCCACGCAUAUGUUACUCUUCAUGAAUAAAAUAAAUUAUUGAUGAGUGUUUAUUUCCAUAAACUAUCGAUUUUGUAAGUAA